AUGUCAAAAAUAUGCCAACGGCAUUCUAGUGCUUCGAAACAAUUUGCAUUCACAGGAAUUAAUUUAAAUCCGACCCUCACGGCAGUAAAGGAUGGCAUUAACGCAAAAAAAAAUCCUCCAGGCGCCCUCGCUGACCGCGAGGACCAAUGCGUAGAUCGGGUCAUUGAUUCACACUACGGCUAUGAACGUGACGCCAUAAUUGCCGUCGCCGCCCUUCUCAUAAUUGGUCUGGCCUGUCUGAUUGUCGUCUUCAUCAUCGACCUCGUCUUGAUCUGCUCCAGCGUGGUGCCAGCCGGUCUCAUCACCGCGAGAUUCGUCCUGCUGUAUUUGGGCACAGCACUCAUACUGAUAGCAGUCAUUGUGUUUACGGCGAAGAGGAAUGCCCUUUGGUCCUACUUCCUUGCACUGAUCGGCGCCAUUUUCGCGGUUCUCGUGGCCAUCCUGGCAAUCAUGAGCUCUAGGUGCGUGACCGGCAGUGAGCGUGUCGUUGUACGAACCACACACUAG